AUGUGUGCUGAUAAUAAUGAAAAUAGUAGACCAAUAACACCUUCAGAGGAAGACUGUUGUCAUAGUGCAUGUGAUCCUUGUAUUUUUGAUGUACAUAAAAAAUUACUCGAAGAAUAUGAAAGAAAAAAAAAACAGAAUAUAAAAAUACAAAAUAAACAAAACAUACUUCAUUUGUAUAAAUAUAAAAAUUUUGUAGUUUUUAAUAUAGAAGAAAGAUCUGAAUGUUAUAUUUUAAUUGUUUUGAAAUAUUAUGAAAAUAAGUACAAAAAUAAAAGAAUAUUAAUUGAUCCUGGACAACAUGUUAUGUUACAUUUACAUGACAUUACCAAACCAUUUACACCAAUUUUUUUCACAGAUGACUGUAUUGAAUUUCUAAUUAGACUUUAUCCAAAUGGAAAAUUUAGUCAAUAUUUAAAAAAUAUAAAAAUAGGUGAUAUAAUUCAUGUUAGAGGACCAUAUGGAAAUUUUAAAUAUGAAAGUAAUAGUUUUCAGACAAUUAUUAUGUUCUCUAUGGGAUCUGGAAUAACUGCAGUUUAUCAUAUAGCAAAAUCAAUUGUAGAAAAUGAAUUAGAAGAGACAAAGAUUCAUCUUAUUGGAGGAUUUAAAAAUAUAUUGCAGAUUCCUCUAAAAAAAGAAUUACAAACCUUAUCAGAUUAUUGGAAUUUCAAAUGUACUUUGCACAUAUCGCAAAUGCAAAGUAAUUCAGACAUUUUUAUAUUAAUAAGUUUUUUAAAAAUUUUUUUCUUUUCAAAAUAUCUUUUUAUAUUUUAUAUUUUAGAUGUUUGUAAUAUCCAUGGUAUAAAUAUAAAAUCUGGAAGAUUAGAUAAAAAAUCAAUUUUUGAAGUACUUAAAAAUAAAAUAGCUAGUACUACAUUAAUUUUAAUAUGUGGCACUAGUCAAUUUAAUAAUUAUGUUGAGCAGUGGAUAAAAUGCAUGAAUUAUAGACAUAUACAUGUGUUUAAAUAAUAAAUUAAUAUAUUCAUAUAAUUUAUAAUUAUAUUAUACCAUUUAAUAUAGCAUGAUAUGCUUUCUUGACAAUUAGGACAUGAACCAUGAAUAUGAUCAAAUAUAACACGAUUUCCAACAAUUGCUUGUAACCACUAAAAAUAAAAUAAAUACUUGUAUAAAUAGUUUAAUAAAUAUUAAAUAAAGAUUUAUAUUUUAAUUUAAAA